CUGAACUUUCCACCAUGCGAAUCAAUGGAACAACAGAUGGAGCAGCAAGAGGCUCUCUGUGCCUCUGUGACGGCACUAAAUUUGAUGGAGAAUUAUUCGGGGAGCCUUGCGAUAUUGCAGGGGAAGUCGUUUUUCAGACUGGAAUGGUUGGAUACCCAGAAUCCCUCACUGACCCCUCGUACAGAAAGCAGAUACUUAUCUUAACAUACCCAUUGAUUGGGAAUUAUGGGAUACCAUCAGAUGAGGAGGACGAGUUUGGACUGAGGAAGUGGUUUGAGUCGGCACAGAUCCACGUGGCAGCGUUGGUUGUGGCCGACCUUUCCCAGCACUACAGUCACUGGGGGGCUACCAAAUCCCUGUCCGACUGGCUCAAAGAAUACAAGGUGCCCGCCUUGUAUGGGUUGGACACCAGGGAACUCACAAAGAAGAUUCGUGAAAAUGGGUCAAUGUUAGGCAAGGUUGUUCGAGAGGGUACCAACCCAGACUCGCUGCCGUUUAUGGAUCCCAAUGAACUCCACCUGGUUGGAGAGGUCUCAUCAAAGGCCCCAGUGGUGUAUAACAGUUCUGGCGACGUUACAAUCUACGCCAUCGACUGUGGUAUAAAAAACAACCAGAUACGGUGUCUUUGUGAAAGGGGUGCAAAGGUCAAGGUUGUGCCAUGGGAUUAUCCUAUUGAUAGCAAAGAGUAUGAUGGACUCCUCAUCAGUAACGGCCCUGGCAAUCCCCAGAUGUGUGCCAAGACCAUAUCAAACCUGCGACAGGUUCUGAGUGAGGAUAAGAACAACUGUAAACCCGUGUUUGGGAUCUGUCUGGGCCACCAACUCAUGGCGCUAGCCAUCGCGGCAAAAACCUUCAAAAUGAAGUAUGGAAACAGGGGCCAUAACCAGCCCUGUAAAUAUGACCACCCGAGAGCGACAAGGUGUUUCAUCACCACACAGAACCAUGGAUUUGCCGUCGACGAAUCCACUCUGGCUCCGGACUGGUCCACUCUCUUCACUAAUGCCAAUGAUAAAACAAACGAAGGCAUCGUACACAACACCCAGCCGUUCUUCAGUACGCAGUUUCAUCCAGAACACAUGGGAGGACCUCAGGAUCUUGAUAUUCUGUUCACGGUUUUCCUUGACCAAGUCCGCAACCACAAACAAGGAGUCUUUAGCCCCUCGUUGUCCGAGCGUUUGUACAUGACCCUACAGACUCCGGUAACAGUUCCCCCUCCGCUGACCAUGCGCCCGAAAAAGGUGCUUAUUCUGGGGUCUGGAGGCCUGUCUAUAGGUCAGGCCGGAGAAUUCGACUACUCAGGAUCACAGGCAUUAAAAGCUCUUCGGGAGGAGCGAAUCACAACUGUGCUAAUCAACCCAAAUAUCGCCACAGUUCAGACAUCUAAAGGAAUGGCUGACAAGACCUACUUCCUGCCCAUCACUCCCCACUACGUCACACAGGUGAUCAGGAAUGAACGACCAGAUGGCGUUCUCCUGACUUUUGGAGGUCAAACUGGACUUAACUGUGGUGUCCAACUGAAUAAACUAGGGACACUAGAGAAGUUUGGGGUCAAGGUUCUAGGAACUCAGGUCGAGUCAAUCCUGUGGACAGAGGAUCGCAAAGUGUUUGCAGACAAAAUGGCUGAGAUCAAUGAACAUGUAGCUCCAAGCGAGGCUGCCUACACCACAGAACAGGUUGUACAAGCUGCUGAGCGUCUGGGGUAUCCGGUGCUGAUCCGGGCAGCCUUCGCGCUGGGCGGACUAGGUUCUGGUUUUGCUGACAAUAGAGAAGAGCUCCUGACAUUGGCUAACUCUGCCUUCGCUCACACCAGUCAGAUCCUGAUCGAUAAAUCACUCAAAGGCUGGAAGGAAGUGGAAUACGAGGUGGUCCGGGAUGCCUUUGACAACUGUAUCACUGUGUGUAAUAUGGAGAAUGUUGAUCCACUCGGGAUCCAUACUGGGGAGUCAAUAGUGGUGGCUCCUAGUCAGACUCUCACCAACACCGAGUACAACAUGCUUCGCUCCACUGCUAUCAAGGUCAUACGCCACCUCCAGGUCGUAGGGGAAUGUAACAUACAAUACGCCCUCAACCCGGAGUCAAACCAGUACUACAUCAUCGAGGUGAACGCCCGUCUGUCGAGGAGCUCGGCCCUUGCCAGUAAAGCCACAGGCUAUCCACUAGCCUACAUUGCUGCCAAGCUUGCCUUGGGUAUGUCCCUCUUGGAUCUUCCAAACACAGUGACGAGCUCAAAGGACCAUUUCACAACAGCCUGCUUUGAACCUAGCCUGGAUUAUUGUGUAGUGAAAAUUCCUCGUUGGGACCUCAAGAAAUUCUCCCGAGUAUCAACAAAGAUUGGCAGCUCCAUGAAGAGUGUGGGGGAGGUAAUGGCUAUCGGACGGAAGUUUGAGGAGGCCAUACAGAAAGCUCUGCGUAUGGUGGACGAAACCAAGGAGGGAUUUGACCCCUACAUAAAUGCAGUGUCUGAAAGUGUCGACUUCCUCAAGGAGCUACAUAAUCCUACUGACCAGCGUAUAUUUGUGCUGUCUGCGGCACUGAAACAGAACUACACCAUCGAUAAAUUGUACGAGCUGACCAAGAUUGAUAAAUGGUUCCUCAACAAGUUUAAAAACAUCACUGACUACUACACAAACCUGGAGACCUACAGAGGAAGGGCCAGUGAAAUUCCCAGAGACACGAUGAUGGAGGCCAAACAGCUGGGAUUCUGUGAUGAACAAAUAGCUAGUGCGGUGGAAUGUACAAGCCUAGUGAUACGGAAGCUGCGGACGGAAAUGAAGAUCACACCAUAUGUGAAGCAGAUUGACACAGUCGCAGCAGAAUGGCCGGCCCAGACUAACUACUUGUACCUCACCUACAAUGCCUCAGCCCAUGACCUCAGUUUCCCUGGGGGUUAUGUCAUGGUGAUUGGUUCUGGUGUGUAUCGUAUCGGCAGCAGUGUUGAGUUUGACUGGUGUGCGGUCAACUGUAUCCAGGAACUAAGGGAGAUGGGCCACAAGACCAUCAUGGUCAACUACAACCCAGAGACGGUCAGUACAGAUUACGACAUGUGUGACCGCCUCUACUUCGACGAAAUCUCGUUUGAGACGGUGAUGGACAUAUACACCCUGGAGGAUCCAGAGGGCAUCAUCCUGUCUAUGGGGGGACAACUCCCCAACAACAUCGCCAUGGCGCUUCACCGACAACAAGCACGAAUACUGGGUACAUCACCUGACAGUAUAGACAAUGCAGAGAAUCGAUUCAAGUUCUCCAGAAUGCUUGACAAUAUGGGAAUUAGCCAGCCACUGUGGAAAGAACUCACCAACAUUGAGAAUGCAAAGAAGUUCUGUGAGGAGGUGGGUUACCCAUGUCUGGUGCGACCAUCGUAUGUGCUCAGCGGGGCAGCUAUGAAUGUGGCACAUUCUCACCACGAUCUUGAGACUUUUCUUACCCAAGCUAGCGCACUCUCCAAGGACAACCCGGUUGUCAUCUCCAAAUUCAUCCUUGAAGCCAAGGAAAUUGAUGUAGAUGCUGUCGCCUGUGACGGUGACGUGAUCUGUAUGGCCGUGUGUGAGCAUGUGGAAAAUGCUGGGGUUCAUUCAGGGGACGCAACUCUAGUGACACCACCACAAGAUCUCAAUGAGGAAACACUGGCCAAGAUCAAAAUGAUCUGCUGUGCUAUUGGACAAGCCUUAGAGGUCACUGGACCAUUCAACCUCCAACUCAUAGCCAAGGACAAUCAACUGAAGGUCAUUGAGUGCAAUGUAAGGGUGUCAAGGUCAUUCCCAUUUGUGUCUAAAGCGUUAGAUCAUGACUUCAUUGCCACGGCCACGAGAGUGAUUAAAGGCGAGAAGCUGGACCCGAUCAGUGUCCUGUACGGUGUUGGCAAGGUGGCAGUCAAGGUACCGAUGUUUUCCUUCUCACGGCUGCACGGCGCCGAUGUUCUGCUUGGUGUUGAAAUGGCGAGUACUGGAGAGGUAGCGUGUUUUGGCGAGAACCGCUACGAAGCCUACCUCAAAGCACAGAUAUCCACAGGAUUCAAAAUUCCACGCAAAAACAUCCUUCUUUCUAUAGGGAGCUUCAAGUCUAAAACGGAGCUACUCCCUACAGUCAAAACCCUGCUAAAGAUGGGAUACAACUUGUACGCCAGUAUGGGCACCGCCGACUUCUACAAUGAGCAUGGACUACAGAUAAAACCUGUAGACUGGCCGUAUGAGGAUACUGGGGAGGUGAAGAAUGAUGGUGAACAGCGCACCAUCGCUGACUACCUAGCUGACAACAUGUUUGACCUCGUCAUCAACUUGCCGUUGAGAAAUGCUGGAUCCUACCGUGCUUCCUCCUUCGUGACCCAGGGCUACAAGACUCGGCGAAUGGCUGUGGACUAUUCUGUUCCACUAAUCACAGAUGUCAAAUGCACCAAGCUUAUUGUCGAGGCUCUGAGGAGGAUACAGGGGUCCCCCCCAGUCAAAACACACAUAGACUGCAUUGCUUCACACAGGUCAAUCAGACUUCCAGGAUUUAUCGAUGUGCACGUCCAUGUGAGGGAGCCGGGAGCCACACACAAGGAGGACUGGUCCUCCGCUACGGCCGCAGCUCUGGCCGGAGGGGUGACCAUGAUACUGGCCAUGCCCAACACCAAUCCUCCCACAGUGGAUGAGGCUGCUUUCAACCUCACUCAGAAGCUGGCAAAGGCGGGGGCGCGGUGUGACUACGGUGUGUUCGUUGGGGCCAGCAGUUCUAACUACCAGACCCUGCCUCAGCUUGGCUCUCGGGCAGCCGCACUUAAGAUGUACCUCAAUGAGACCUUCACAACACUUCAACUCGACGAUCUCUCCAUCUGGAUGAAGCACUUUGAGUACUGGCCCAAGAACUUUACAUUGUGUGCCCACGCAGAGCGGACACACACGGCUGCUGUUAUCCUGCUGUCCGAGCUGUACAAACGCCCCGUACAUAUCUGUCACGUCGCCCGCAAGGAGGAGAUCCUGGUGAUCCGUGCAGCCAAGGAGAAGGGCUUGGCAGUCACCUGUGAGGUCGCACCUCACCACCUCUUCCUGACCUCAGAUGACCUUGAACGUAUAGGCCAUCUCCGGGGUCGGGUGAAACCAGAGGUCAGCUCUAAGGAAGACCAGCAGGCCCUGUGGGACAACAUGGAUAUUAUAGACUGUUUUGCUACGGACCAUGCACCACAUGCUGUGGAGGAGAAGAACUCGGAAAAACCACCCCCUGGGUACCCUGGUCUGGAAACCAUGCUGCCUCUCCUUCUGACCGCCGUCAACGAUGGGCGACUCACACUGGAUGACCUGGUAGCCAGGCUUCACACCAACCCGAAGCGUAUCUUCAACCUGCCCGACCAGCCGGAGACCUAUAUAGAGGUGGACAUGGACUCAAGCUGGACCAUACCCUCGGCCAUGCCCUUCACCAAGUCCAAGUGGACGCCAUUCGAGGGUAUGGAGGUCAGCGGACGGGUCAAACGUGUCGUCCUCCGUGGAGAGUUGGCCUACAUUGACGGAGAGGUGUUAUCCCAGCCUGGUCAAGGCAUAGAUGUUCGCAGUCAGGUCCUCGUGUCAAGGUCAUCCGGCGACCAGUUGUCUGUCCAUAUCCCCCAGAUGGGCACAAUUGCUACGUCUCAGCCGUCAUCAGAACCAACCAGUCCUCGCAAGACCCUGCUGUCCAAUUCUGACCGUUUCUCAGACCGUAUGAGAGGCCGAGUAUCCGACACAUACUCUUCCUAUGGUGCAAAUGAAACAACUGACUCGGUUGACUCAGUUAUGAAAGAACCUCGACCAGAAAGGCAGCGGCUUGACAGUUUCCGGGAGAGAGAAUUUGGGGGCGGGGAUUUCAGCAAAAAGGAUGUUAGCCUGCUGUCUCCAACCCAGGGGAUGAUGAUGCCCACUGCCACACAGAACCUGCUCAACCCCCUGGGGCUCCUCCAUUCCACCCCUGGACUCACUGGUCACCACAUUCUCACUGUUAAUAACUUCAACAAGGACCAGCUUCAUCAUCUGUUUAACCUGGCCCAUCAGCUGAGGAUCUCGGUAAUGAGAGACAAACACCUGGACUAUGUACUGAAGGGAAAGGUGAUGGCAUCCAUGUUUUAUGAAGCAAGUACAAGAACAAGCUGUUCCUUUGCUGUGGCAAUGCAGCGAUUGGGUGGAACAGUGACCAACCUCGACCAGGCUGCCUCCUCAAGUAAAAAGGGCGAGACACUAGAAGACACUGUGAUGAUGAUGGCUGGGUACACUGACGUUUUGGUAAUCCGACACCCACAGCCUGGUGCCGUCGCUUUGGCAGCCCAGAAAUCUCGUAAACCUGUGAUUAACGCGGGUGAUGGAGUUGGAGAACAUCCCACACAAGCUCUCCUCGAUGUAUUCACAAUCAGGGAGGAAAUCGGAACAGUCAAUGGACUGGUGGUAACUAUGGUUGGAGACUUGAAGAACGGUCGUACUGUCCACUCCCUUGCCAAAAUACUGACCUUGUAUCGGGUCACUCUCCGUUAUGUGUCUCCCGAUGGACUUCAGAUGCCAGACAACAUCAAAGAAAUGGUGGCAUCAAAAGGGAUUUCCCAGAGUGAGUAUAGUAACCUAGAGGACGCUCUCCCCGAUACAGAUGUACUGUAUAUGACUCGGAUCCAGAAGGAGCGUUUUGCAUCGGAGGAUGAAUACCUGAAAGUGGCUGAUAAGAUUGUGGUCAGUCCUAAGUUGAUGACAAAGGCCAAGAAGAGGAUGGUUGUGAUGCACCCCCUACCCAGGGUGACCGAGAUAGAUCCCCUGUUCGACACAGAUCCACGUGCAGCCUAUUUCCGACAGGCUGAGAAUGGCAUGUACAUCCGCAUGGCACUACUGGCUUUGGUGCUGGGGAAAUGUUAAUUAUAUCAUGAACAAGGAAGACUGAAGUAACUACACCAGAAACAAACUACACCAGAAACUACACCAGAAACAAACUACACAAGAACCACACCAGAAACAAACUACACCAGAAACAAACUACACAAGAAACAAACUACACAAGAAACAAACUACACAAAACAGUAUUGGUAAUAUUAGGAACAUUGAACAUCAGAAAUAAUGAUGACAGUUACAUAGGAAAUCACCACUGAUAUACCAACAGGUGUGUGCAAUAUAGUGAAAACAAAUUAUUGUGAGAGACUAAUUGUCUAAUAACAUAUGUUCCUAUAGGGAACUCAAUAAUAUUAACAAACUUUAAAGUCACUCUUUUUCAAGCUUUCGGGCUUAGCCCUUCUUCGGGGAUUACAUGUCACCAGACCUCUAUGUCACAUCCAUCUUGACAAACAUGAUGAGUACUAUCAAAUUGUGAAAGAGAAUGAAAAAUCCUUUUAUAUUAUCAAAGCAUUUAACAAGUUCAUGAAAAUGUUGACAACAAACAAUGGUGAUAAAUACAGUGUAAAAUUCAGAAUAACAAUUGGAGGAAAGUAUGACGAGUAUUGUGAUCAUUGCAGAUGUUUUGAGAAGGAAAGUGCUAAAUUGUGUAAAAUCAUUAAUGUGAUAUGUUGUAGACCCUCUGAAUCAUCAAAUUACAAUUGUAAUUAAUGAAUUAUAUUAACGAGAUUAUUUAAAGCACUGAUUCUGUUAGAAUUAUAGUUGAUUGAUGAAGGUUGGUAAGAAUAUAUUGGUAUACAUGUACUUAUAAUUAAAUAGUUGUAUGCAUGGUAUAAUAUGGUGUUUAUCAAAGUUUGAUAUUAUGUAAUAUUAUACAGGGGUGCUGGGUGAUGUAUCCUAUAGAUAUGGACAUCUUGGUGGAUUUGUAUCCACUGACUAUUAUGUUCUAGAUUCUUGAGAAUUGAUAUGAGAUGGAAAAAUAUUAUAGAUUUUAGAUCUAUAUUUGAAUCAUUUUGUAUGAGUUUUUGAUGAUUUGUAAUUUUUGGAACAAAAUUGAUAGAUAGAUAUAUAAACCAUAUACUGUAUAUGAAAUGUUGCUUCCUAUUAACAGUAGAGGAUAUUUUUGUUAUUUUUCCUAUGGCAGAACUUUCGUUUGUUUGUUUACUAAAAGCUGAUAGACCAGAGAUUGCAUUUAAACUUUUCAUCCGUCGUCGUUUUACAAUUUCAUAUUCAUCUUUCAAGUUUCCAAUGAUCCAUCUAUCACUAAGGGUAUUGUUACGGUUAGGAAAUGCUCAGAUUAUUUUCAUUUACUAAAUAUUCCCAAAAGCAUUUUUUUUCAAUACAAAUUAACCUUUACUGAUAUAUGUCUUUUACAAAUUCAUCUUUUCCCUGUUAAAUACUCCAUUCUUUAUUGGUUGGUUGAGUUUUUCUAGCCAAUGAACAAGAUUUUUUACUUUCUGUUGGUUGUAUUUGUCUCAUAAAUGUGAGGAAAGUCUUUCACUAGUCAAAUUCUGUUUUUUAAAUUUAAUUCAUCAAACUCAUUUAUACAGAAAUAUCUAACAACCGUAAUAACCUUACCAUGAAGAGAUUAAGUAAGAAAGAUCAGUAAUUAAUAUCUUUUAUGCCAUGAAAAUUUGUUGUGUAUUUGCUGUGUAUUUGGUUGCAGUGGAAGCCCAAAUCAUAAUCACCAAAAGAAUGUUUAUAUAAAAUUCUAACCAGAGGUACAGGGUACUAAAAUAGGGAUUACUUUACAAAUCCUACCCAGGACACGCUACACCAAUUUACAUGUACAAGAAAUAUAAAAAUCUUAACAGAGACACAGGAUACCAAAUAAAGGAGUAAUAUAAAAAUCUAACAGAGACACAGGAUACCAAAUAUAGGAGUAAUAUAAAAAUCCAACAGGGACACAGGAUACCAAAUAUAGGAGUAAUAUAAAAAGCUAACAGAGACACAGGAUGCCAAAUAUAGGAGUAAUAUAAAAAUCUAACAGAGACAUAGGAUACCAAAUAUAGGAGUAAUAUAAAAAGCUAACAGAGACACAGGAUGCCAAAUAUAGGAGUAAUAUAAAAAUCUAACAGAGACACAGGAUACCAAAUAAAGGAGUAAUAUAAAAAUCUAACAGAGACAUAGGAUACCAAAUAUAGGAGUAAUAUAAAAACCUAACAGAGACACAGGAUACCAAAUAUAGGAGUAAAAUAAAAAUCUAACAGAGACACAGGAUACCAAAUAAAGGAGUAAUAUAAAAAUCUAACAGAGACAAGGGGUCCCAAAUAUAGGAGUAAUAUAAAAAUCUAACAGAGACACAGGAUACCAAAUAAAGGAGUAAUAUAAAAAUCUAA